UCGCACUUAUAAAUGAGGUCGCGAUCAUACGAGCCGAAACGGUAGAUCAAUUCGUCGAACAUCUCGCGCGCGCUCCAGUGACGGCGAGAACGAAGCACGCCGGGGUUGGGAGAGAGAUAGAGGGAGAGAUGGGGGAGGCCGCGGCCGUGUCCGGCGACGCUGGCGCGCGCGCGCGCGUGCGCGUGCUCGCCGUGUCCCGCGUCGCGCCGUCGCCGGCGCCGGUGGAGCGGGAGCGCGUCGGGCUGUCCUUCUUCGACACGCCGUGGGUCGUGCUCCCGCCGAUCCAGCGCGUGUUCCUGUACGAGAUGUCGGCGGCGGCGGCGGCGGACGGCGGCGGUGGGGAUGGGUUCGCGGCGGCGGUCGAGCGGCUCAAGGGCUCGCUCGCCGCCACGCUGGUGCUUUACCUGCCCCUGGCAGGGAAGCUGGUCUACGUGGAGGAGACGGAGGACGUCGUGGUGGACUGCGCCGCCGCCGACGACGCCGACGCCGGGGUGGCGUUCGUCGAGGCCGAGGCGGAGGACGCCGCCGCCGAGGACAUGGACGUGCUCAGGCUCGCCGGCGACGAGGCGCACGACGUCGCGGCGUUCCUCGCGCUCGUGCCGGAGCUCGACACCCGGGCGCUCCCGGCGCCCGUGCUGUCCGUGCAGGCCACGCGCCUCGGCGGCGGCGCCGGCCUCGCGCUCGGCCUGUCCGUGCACCACGCCGUCGCCGACGGCCGCGCCGUGUGGCAGUUCAUGGAAGCGUGGUCGUCGGCCGCGCGCGUCGGCUCUCCGGUGACCAAGUCGCUCGGCGCGCCGCACUACCGCCGGGAGGCGGCCAUCCCCCAACCCGACGGCGGCGAGCUCGCGCGCCACAUGCUCAAGUUGGUCGCGCCCAAGCUCCCGGCCGUGGCGAGCGGGGAUCAGCAGGACUUCAGCCAGCGAUUCCGGCUGGCUCGCCGGACGUUCCACCUCGGCGCCGACGCCAUCCGCGCGUUGAAGCGGCGCAUCGACGAGCUCGCCUCGGCGGAGGAGGCUGCCGAUGGCGGCGGCGCCGCCAAGCCGGUGUCGACGUUCGUGGCGCUGGCGGCGAUGGGGUGGGCGGCGUUCGUCCGGUCCAAGGCGCUCGCCGACGGGGACGACACGUACCUGAUCUUCCUCGCCGACCUCCGGGCGCGGCUCGACCCCGCCGUCGGCGAGGGGUACCUCGGGAACUGCGUGAGGAUGUGCCUGGCGCGCUGCGCCAACGCGGCGGAGCUCCGCGGCGAGCGCGGGCUGCUGCGCGCGGCGCGGGCGGUUCAGGCGGCGGUGGCGGAGAUGGAGGCGGCGCCGCUCGCCGGGACGGCGGACGGGUCGGCGAUCGCGCGGGUGAUGCAGAUCCCCUUCUCCCGCAUGGCGAACGUGGCGGCGAGCCCGCGGUUCGGGGCGUACGGCGCCGCCGACUUCGGGUUCGGGAGGCCGGCGCGCGUCGAGCUCGUGUCGAUGAACCACGACGGCGAGAUGGUGCUCGUCGGCGGCCGGCGCGACGGCGAGGUGCAGCUCUCGGUGUCCAUCGACCCGGCGCACGUGGACGCCUUCAAGGCGCAGGUCCUCGGCUAGCUGAUGCUACUCAGUGCCAUAGGAGUAACAUUUGGCACUAUCAAUUAAUUAGUUAAUAAUAAUAAUAAUAUUAUUAUUUGUAUUUUUGCCUGUCUUGUAAUCAAACUUCUGAUGUUAGUGUCAGAAAUCAAAGUUAAACAGCAAAGUAAUAGUUUUUUCUACUCCA